CAAGGCCCUGGGGAACAAUGAGGUGAAGAUAUCUGACCCGUAUUGCUGUGGUCCCACCAAAUCCCAUAUAAUUCCAUCCACUUCAGAACGUCAUCCCACGAUCGAUUAUGUAAAAGUUACCCCCAUCCCCGGCCAUGUUUAUCUCAUACAAUCCGCGCUCCUCCACACAAGCCAAGCACAACCGCCGGAAGAUAAACACAUACGUGGCCGCAGUCGCGGCCGCAAAUUCCAGCGUCAAGCGGUGCUCACAGUCCCACAAGACGGCUCCUACGACUGGUCCUGCGACCGGAAAGGCAGAGAACUUCACCCAAGCCCUCCAUUGGUUCCCUAAUUUUGGUGACGCUACGGGGGAACCUCCCCCUGCACGUCAGGCAGACGAACAGGGAUCAGCAUGUGGGAAGCCCGAGGACCCUGGCGCCGGCCAGCUUCCGGCGCGUGCUUUUGCUGCAGGGAGGUUCUACCCCAUCGAGGGUUCGGGCCCUAGCUCUCGCGGACCGCUGGCACUGCAGGCUCUUGCCCACUUGUACGAUGUCCUCCUCCCGUACGAUGCGAAAGUGGUGGGCCUGGGGAAAUCAGAAACAGACAGCUAUGCGAGGGAUCUUCUCGCAUGGACCUUCGACCACGAGGAGGUUUUUCAUAGCCAGGCGGCCUUCAGCCUGUGUAUCAUGUACCGAAUCGAUGACCGUAAAGGGGUUCAUCAGGCUAUCCUGUGGCAUCGGCAGCACUUGCUAAGGGCCGUGCGCCAAAGACUAUCCGCCCAACAAGUGGACGACGUGCUGCUGCACAGUCUCUGCACGAUGAUCUCCGUCGACGAGUGGCUGGGCUUCCACGAGUCUCGCGCCGUCCACCUGAAAGGACUACAAAAUAUCAUGCGCGUUCGUGAAUCCAGCAACAAUGGGUUGCAGCUCACACUUCCACGGCCCAGUGUCGGCCCCGGUAUGCUGCCACCGCAUUCCCCCUUGGGCAAGGUAGUCCUCGUCAACAGGAUUAUGGUCGAGUUUCAUCUGAAAAUGAACCUCGGCUUCUCGCAGGAAGUGGCGCCACUGCCAACAUCAUCGUCCAGUAGACCCCCUCUCCAGCUUCUGAGCCCAGGCCCCGCCACAUUUCUCGCUGGCGUGGAGGACCUCCUACCGCCCGGCUUCCAAGAUCUCGCUCGGUCGGGCAGAUUGACUCCCGCCCUGGUCGACCUUCUUUCGGACUUCUCGUUCUGGUUCUACAGCGGGAUGGGCACGGACGCCACCACUCGCGAGACCUGGCGCUGUCUAACCUUCACUCCCAGCAAUAGCCUGGAAAAGUGCAUUGGCAUUGCGCUGGUCUCGCUCGCCGACGAUCUCAGCGCGCUGGGCUCCCACCCCAAGGACGUCGCGUCUGCCCUGGCUGGUCAAGAUGGAGGUGCUGGGGAUGGUGAUGUUGGUCCCGCCGUGCUCACAGAGCGGUGGCUCCUACUAUCGAUCUGUUGA